AUGUCCGGCAUGGCCCACAAGUCGUGUGCAGACAACCCCUCUAGAAUUACAGGCCCGAUGUUUGCAAGAAUUUUCAGCACAGCUCGGGGAUUUCUUUCUACUACACCAGAAAGUGAGAAAGAAGAGCCUCAGCUAGCCUCAAGAAUUAACACCUCGAUGGUUGCAACAAGACGGCGUGGUGAGCUACCACCCUUAGGGGAGUCUGCAACGCAGCACGAUGGUUCAAUCAGUACACCAAGAACGCGAAAAAGGAGAUCGAUGGAGAUAACCAGCCCUGUUGUCGCCGAGGAAGAUAAUGAUGAGCCCCCAGAAGUAGUCUCAAGUACAGCAAAGCGAAGAAGAACGGGCAAGUCGAUAGGAACACCCGUAAAGAAGCUUGAAAUCAGAACGAAAGAUACUCGGCCCGUUGUAGAAAUACCAUUUAUGGACCCAAUUCCAGUAUCUGAGUUAAGUACGCCGACUGCAGAGGCGGUGAAGAUCGUUGUACCGAAUGAGGAGUCUGAAAUGGAGGAGGAUGCUGGAGAAGUCAAUACUGCAAAUGCUUCUAUAUCAAUGUCGUUUGAGGUACCUGUAUCACAACUAGAUAUACAGACUACGCCGAAGAGCGGCAGUCCGCAACCAUCCGAUUUGAGAGAACAGCCGACCCCAUCAAAAACCCAACCACCAGUUCCCAUUCCAGCAAACACACCGUUUGAUACGCCUGGUUUGUUACCGGAGGAAUUCCUGCAAGAUGAUGAGGACGAUGAAGAGGAGGAGGUAGAAAUGAAGGCUCUGCAACUGUCAAGUGUCCCUGUCAAAGCGAAAAAGACUACAUUUGCGGAUCUAGCACCAAUACCCAAAGAUCGCCGAAUCGGCUCCACAACAUAUAAGGUUACGAAAGUCAGGAAUUCUAAUCUAGCACCACCAUCAUUAACGCAAGCCCGGAAAACAAAAGAAGCUUGGCUUCAAGGUCGUGCGGGAACUAAAUUCGGCACCAAUAGGAAACCUUUCUCCAAGGGCUUUUUUGUUUCAAAGAAAUGA